UUUGAGUUUCGUAAGCGCUGGGGUCCAGACGGACAUUCGCACUCACAUGGAAGAGUGAAAGAAGGUUACCACUUGUUCCUGUACCAGCAAAACCCGCUGAUAACUUUGGCCAGCAUUUUAGACUGCGAUCAGCUGAAUAUGGCACGGACUUUGGGGUUGUUUGCAACUUGUUUGCUGAUUUUUCUUCUUUCAUUGGGCGCGAGCGGGGAGCGCGGCAGGGAGAGAGUUUAUUAUGUGGGGAUCAUUGAGGACCUCUGGGAUUACGCACCAAGUGGAAAAAACCUGCUUAACGGGAAAGACAUCGAAGACGAUGAGCAUGCAUCAAUAUUCCUACAGGGAGGGCCCCAUCGAAUUGGAAGUAUUUACAAGAAAGCUGUGUUCAAAGAGUAUACAGAUGCUUCAUACAGUCGCCUGUCUCCUCGACCUGAUUGGCUGGGCUUCCUGGGACCCAUACUGCGUGCUGAGGUUGAUGAAACUAUUGUUGUCCACUUAAAGAACUUUGCAACCAGGAACUACUCUAUGCAUCCCCAUGGGGUUUUCUAUGAGAAGGAUACAGAAGGUGCACUCUAUCCAGAUGGGACAUCAAGCAAGUUGAAGAAAGAUGACUGUGUCCCUCCAGGAGGCAGCUAUACCUACCGCUGGGAGGUCAAACCUGAGUUUGGCCCCACAGAUGAUGAUGCCAACUGCUUGACCUGGGUCUACCACUCUCAUAUUGACGCCCCCAGGGACAUCUCCUCAGGACUUAUUGGGGCGUUACUCACAUGCAAGAAAGGAGCCUUGAAGGAGACUAAUGAACUAAAUGCAGCCGAGGGAGACUCUGCCGCAAAGUCCGCCCGCAGUGAUGUCGACCAGGAUGUUUUCUUAAUGUUCAGUGUGGUGGACGAAAACAUGAGUUGGUACUUGAAAAACAACAUUCAGAGAUGUUUUGAUCCAGAAACAGUUGACCCAGAAGACCCAGACUUUAAAGAGUCCAACCUGAUGCACGCUAUUAAUGGGUACAUGUUUGGUAACCUGCCUGGAAUCGAGUUAUGUCAGCACCGCGCAGUAGCCUGGCAUUUGUUUGGGAUGGGUAAUGAGGUAGAUAUUCAUUCUGCAUUUUUCCAUGGGAAUACCCUGCUGGACCGUGGUCACCGCACUGACGUCCUUAGCCUGUUCCCAGCCACGUUCGCAACAGCCGAGAUGGUCCCAAAAGCAAAUGGAAAGUGGCUGCUGGCCUGCCAGGUUAAUGACCACUUGCAGGCUGGGAUGCAGGUCUUUUAUGAAGUGAGGUCGUGUAACAAUGAGGCUGGAUCCAUGCUGACAGGUGGAGUUGUAAGGAAUUACUACCUGGCGGCAGAGAAAGUCCUGUGGAACUAUGCUCCCUCAGGAAGGGAUUUGAUCAGCAACGUAUCCCUUACUGAAGCAGAUAGUCCAUCAGAUGUGUUUUUUGGCAGAGAUGAUGGAAGGCUCGGUGGUCAAUACAUAAAAGUGAUAUACAAAGAGUACACAGAUGAUACUUUCACUACUGAGAAAUCAGCUGAUCUUGGACAUUUAGGACUAUUGGGUCCAGUCCUGAGGGCAGAGGAGGGUGACACUCUCAGAGUGACAUUCCUCAAUAAGGCUGAUAGAAACUACAGCAUCCAGCCUCAUGGCCUUCAUUAUGAUAAACACUUCCAGGGAAGCAGCUAUGAGGAUGGUGUUGAAAAGCCAGGCUCCCAUGUUGGUCCAGGUGAGAACUUUACUUACACCUGGCAGGUCCUGGAAGGCCCAUCAUCAUCUGAUUCUUCCUGCAUCCCUUAUCUCUACUACUCUGCCACCGAUCCUGCCAAAGACACUAAUUCUGGACUAGUUGGACCUCUUCUUGUAUGCAAGAGAGGAGCGCUUGGGGACGACGGCAGACAGAAGGAUGUAGAUAAGGAGUUCUUCCUUCUUUUUUCUGUCAUGGAUGAAAACAUGAGCUGGUAUUUAGAUGAGAACAUUGAGAAGUUUGGCAGCAAUGAGACUAAUCAAGAGCACGAGGACUUUCAGGAGAGCAACAUGAUGCAUGAGACUUAUUGUCAGUUAUUGCAAACAUUUGAUUGCAGUUCAUUCUGCGAAGAGCGACACAAUCAGUUAUUAAGUUUGCCUUUUUCACAUGGGGCCCUGUUUUUAAGGCACAUGAAUGUGUCCAAAUCCUUAACCUUUUCUUGUUUGUUGUUUUUCCAAACAGGUGUGUAUGAGGUGAGCUGCACAGUAAUAGAUCACUACUCAGGUGGCAUGAGGCAGUGGUAUAAAGUUAAUGAGUGCCCAGGAAAAAAAGUAAAUCACAAAUACACAAAGCUGAACAAGACUGUGCGAUAUUUCAUCAGUGCUGAGGAAAUAGAGUGGGACUAUUCACCUAAGAGAGACUGGGAGCUGGAGAAACACCAUAGCACACCAAAGGACAGUCCAGGCAGCAUAUUUGUGGGAAAAGGAAAGAACAGAAUUGGCUCACGCUAUAAGAAGGUGGUGUAUAGAGAAUAUACUGAUGACACCUUCAGUGUUCAGAAGAAAAGGCAGCCCAACCAGCAGCAUUUGGAAAUUCUAGGGCCAAUAAUCAAAGCAGAAGUAGGAGAGCAGAUCGUGAUUAUAUUCAAGAACAAUGCCACCCGACCAUACUCAAUAACCACACAUGGCGUUAGGGCCAGCGGUGGACACAUUCCUGUCAAACCCGGCAACUUUAUUGAAGUAACUUGGGAUGUUCCUGAAAGCUCUGGUCCAGGGGUCACAGAUCCUAACUGUAUCUCUUAUAUCUACUACUCCACUGUUGACUUUGUUAUGGAUCUGUACAGCGGCCUUCUGGGGCCUCUGGUGAUAUGCAGGCCUGGGACUCUGAAGCGUGGGGAGGGUCCCGAUAGGGAGAGGAGUGACGUGGAGAGGGAGUUUGCACUGCUCUUUAUGGUGCAUGAUGAAAACAAGUCCUGGUAUUUGGGAGACAACAUCAGAACGUACCUUGGUCUCAACCCUGAGAACUUCACUCCAGAUGAAGAGUUUGAGGAGAGUAACAAGAUGCACGGGAUCAAUGGGAAGCUAUAUGGGAACCUCCAUGGAUUGGAGAUGACUCAGGGCCAGAAAGUUGACUGGUAUCUCAUCGGAAUGGGCAACGAAAUAGACAUGCACACUGUUCACUUUCAUGCAGAGACCUUUACUUACAAGACGGACCUUGUGCACCGUGCAGACGUCUUUGAUCUGUUCCCCGGGACCUUCCAGACUGUGGAGAUGGUGGCUGGAAACCCAGGCACAUGGUUGCUCCACUGUCAUGUGACUGACCAUAUCCAUGCUGGCAUGGAGACCACUUUCACCAUCAAAGUUCCAGAAAACUCCUCGCAUGGAACUAAAAGCUCCAUAAAGAUGCUGCUCUCGCUGUUUGUUCUACUGGCUAUAUGUUAAUGAUGAGGGACCCUGACAACAGAUUAUAUGUGUGGAUUAUAACAGUGGUCACUGAUGCACUUAUAAAACACGGAGUUGCUGUCACUUAUGUGUUUGAUUGAGAUCAUGUACAUAAAUAUCAAGCACGGCCCAGGCCAGUUAAAUUAUAUAUACCACUUUACAAUCAUGUAUAAUGUUCAAGAUGACUUUAUGCAUUAGAAUGAAGGAAACAAAGCAUUUUACAGUUGGGAUUUGUUUCUGUUGCUGCUUUCUGUCAUAUUGCACUAUGUUGGCUUUUUUUUUUUUUUUUUAAUUUUUUUUACUUCUGCUACCAAAUACUGGAUUUC